GCCGGCUCCGCAGCAGCGAGCUGCGGGCCCCAGGCUAGCGCCGCGCACCAUGCCCCGCAUCGAUGCGGACCUCAAGCUGGACUUCAAGGAUGUCUUGCUUCGACCCAAGCGCAGCAGCCUCAAGAGCCGAGCAGAGGUGGGACUCUUCGGAGGCCGCCGCGGGGUGGAUCUUGAACGGACCUUCACCUUUCGGAACUCGAAGCAGACCUACUCAGGGAUUCCCAUCAUAGUGGCCAACAUGGACACCGUGGGGACGUUUGAGAUGGCAGCGGUGAUGUCUCAGCACUCCAUGUUCACAGCAGUGCACAAGCACUAUACCCUGGACGACUGGAAGCUCUUUGCCACCAGCCACCCGGAAUGCCUGCAGCAUGUCGCCGUGAGUUCCGGCAGCGGGAAGAAUGAUCUGGAAAAGAUGAGCAGCAUCCUGGAAGCGGUGCCACAGGUCAAGUUCAUUUGCCUGGAUGUGGCCAAUGGCUAUUCGGAGCAUUUUGUGGAAUUUGUGAAACUCGUCCGAGCCAAGUUUCCGGAGCACACCAUCAUGGCAGGGAAUGUGGUGACGGGGGAGAUGGUAGAAGAGCUGAUCCUCUCCGGAGCAGAUGUCAUCAAAGUGGGAGUUGGACCAGGUUCCGUGUGCACCACCCGUACCAAGACGGGGGUGGGCUACCCCCAGCUGAGCGCCGUGAUCGAGUGCGCCGACUCCGCCCAUGGCCUCAAGGGGCACAUCAUCUCUCUCAGCAUUUCAGCCUGUGGAGGUUGGCUCUCUGGACCUGCUUUGAGGCAUGUUAAUCUUUACAAUCCCGUGUGCACAUUGACUCCUGUGAGCCUCAACACAGCGUGUGACCUUCAUUUGCUGCUUCCCCUCAUGGGACCUUCAGGAUGGAGGCUGCACGUGUCCAGGAGAUGUCGCCAAAGCCUUUGGAGCCGGAGCCGAUUUCGUCAUGCUGGGAGGGAUGUUUUCGGGCCACACCGAGUGUGCUGGAGAGGUGAUCGAGAGGGACGGGCAGAAGCUCAAGCUCUUCUAUGGGAUGAGCUCCGAAACAGCCAUGAAGAAGCAUGCAGGAGGGGUAGCGGAGUACAGAGCCUCCGAGGGCAAGACUGUGGAAGUGCCUUACAAAGGGGAUGUGGAAAACACGAUUCGGGAUAUUCUUGGGGGACUGAGGUCUACGUGCACCUACGUGGGGGCCGCCAAGCUCAAGGAGCUCAGCAAGAGGACGACGUUCAUCCGGGUGACCCAGCAGCACAACACGGUGUUCAGCUAAGCAUGCGGACGGGGCCGGUCCUGUCAUGGAAGCUUCCACGCACCCCGCUCACACCCGUCACAUCAGAGCUGGGGCUGCUCCGACGGCGGGACGCUGCUCCUCCCCCCGGCGCCUGGAGGCCCUGGGGCGCCCCCUCGUGCCUUGGGGGGCUGGAAGCAGAGCACUGAUAGGGUCAGUGGUCAGAGCCCAGCUGCCCGGAACUCAUAACCUCAUUGUUAAAACUAACACUCGUAUCAUCCUUUUUCCUUCUUUUUAAAAAAGAAAAUGGGUUCACUU